UUUUCAAAAUGUAACAUAAAUAUGAAGAGACCAGACUAAUGCACGCCAUAAGAGAACCUCGUCCCCACCUAUUACACAAGGCUAAUGCAUGCAAGAAAUGAACCAAUAAUUCUGCACAAGUCACUGUAUAUGACGUGACAAGACUCUGCAGGGAAUCUCGUCCCCACCACCGACAUGAAGUGACAAGACUCUGCAGGGAAUCUGGUCCCCACCACAGACUUGACGGGACAAGGCUCUGCAGGGAAUCUCGUCCCCACCACAGACAUAAAGUGACAAGACUCUGCAGGGAAUCUCGUCCCCACCACCGACAUGAAGUGACAAGACUCUGCAGGGAAUCUCGUAAUAACCUAUGCAUUUUGGCUAUAAAUAUGUUCCCAAACUUGUUCAUUUUCUUCAUCACCUCUUAUACUAUCAUCAGAGCAACUUAGCAUCAGAGCAACUUUGUGUUUCAUCAUCAACAAACAUGUCUCUCCUAACUAUGGGUCAAGAGCACCGAGGCACCAUUGCAAACAUUGCGACCUAUGAUGUCACGAGAUUUAGGACCCGUGCUGGUAAGAUGAUUGCUCCUGACCCUUUGAUUGUGGACUACGUUAAACGUGCGGGAUUUGGUGAGGUAAUGAACUUAACACAUACCUCAGUUGAUAUGAAGUUUAUAUUAGCAUUGUGUGAGCGUUGGAGGCCUGAGACUCAUACUUUUCACCUUCCAAUGGGUGAAUGUACCGUCACUCUAGAGGACGUGUACAUGUUGUUGGGUCUCAGAACAAAUGGAAAGGCAGUGUAUGGAAAUGUCCAACAACCAAACGCCCUAUGCGUCGAAUUGUUGGGUGUGGAUUUAAUAGAGGGUGAGGGGCAACAAAGGGGUAGGGGCCAAGGUAUAAAGCUUGCUGGCCUUCAGGAAGCUUAUGUUGGGAUUCAAUUGGAUCAGUUUUCUGACGAAGAAACUAUACUGCGGAAAACUAGGAUGUAUAUUAUGUUGUUGUUUGGUAGGUUUCUAUUUCCCGAAGGCACGGGAAAUAGUGUUAAUUUUAUGUACUUGUGUUUACUUGGGGACAUUGAUGCAAUAAAGACAUAUAGCUGGGGUUCGGCUGUGUUGGCAUACCUAUAUAGUUCCUUAUGCAAAUGUGCAAAAAAGGAUGUUUGUACAUUUAGUGGAUGUGCAUUCUUGCUACAAACAUGGGCAUGCCAAAGAGCUUAUUUGAUUUUGACCCCUUAA